AUGGCAUCACAGCACAAUAUAUCUGUCAGGAAGUGGAUUGUCCUUGCGGCUUGUUUCUUUAACAUGCUGUUCUGUGCCGGAUUUCCUUUCAACAUGUCGGUGUUGAACGUGGAGUUGCUUCGUGUUUUUGCAGAAAGUAAAGCACAAACGGCCCUUGUACAGUCCGUUACAACCGGAACCUUGAAUAUUGCAGGUUUCAUUAGCGGACAGUGUGUCAAUAAGUACGGAGUAAGGAAGAUUGGCAUGUGUGGUGGUCUACUGGCUUUCCUGGGACUGACAUCUUCAUACUUCGCCACAGGUAUCCCGUACCUGAUUGUCUCCAUGGGUGUAGUCACAGGAUUCGGCUUGUCCCUAUCCUUUGUGUCGAGUGUGACGGCGGUCGAAUAG